AAGGAUAAAAAAAAGAAAGAAAAAGCAACUACUUGAAAACCUUAUAAGAAAGUGGGAAACAACUUCACUAGCAUUUCCCUCUGUGUGCUCUCAGUUUUACUACUCCAAAACCUCAACAACUACAGCUUAAGAAUCCUAAUGGAAGAACAAUGCAGCCCUCUUGGCUGGGCUUACUACUACCAAGAAGAGGGGGUUGAGGAAUUGAAGCAUUCACUCUUGUACUCUACUUUGGAGCUAGAAGCUGCAGUCCUCUCAGCCCAUGAGGAAAUUUCAAGAAAAGAUGAUGAGAUACUCCAACUCAAGGGUUUGCUAGCAGAGAUCAUCAAGGAGAGGGAUGAGUUCCAGGCAAAAUGUCAACAACUUGUGCUGGAAAAACAGUUGCUUUUCCAACAAGUACAACUACUCCAGCCACAUCCUUCAAAGAAACACCUAGAUUGUCCAAUCUCAAGUAACACCACUAGCCAUGAGGAUGACAACAUUGACUUGUCCCCCUCACAUUGUGAUGACAACAUUAUUGUGGCAUCACCAUCUGCUGGCUGUAAGGACACUCUACCGCUGCCACCACCAAUUGUAUCACCAGGGCCACUGGUUCUAGACGUAAUGGACAAACUCUCGAUCAAGAAGCCAUUGCCGGAGAAGGGCAAGUUCUUGCAGGCAGUGAUGGAAGCCGGGCCACUUCUCCAGACACUGCUUCUGGCAGGGCCGCUUCCACAGUGGCAGCAUCCACCUCCACAACUCAACUCGACCGACAUCCCACCCGUCACAAUCUCGUCUCCCACGGCGAAAAUCUUGCACCAAGAUUCUUGCCUUAUUAGCCCUACUAGUCAUGGGGGAUUCACUAACAAGAGGGCUAUGGUAAACAAGGAAAGCUCAUCAGAUUUCUCACCCAAGUCCAAGUAUCAAAAAGUUUGUUCACCGAUCAUCAUUGAACCCAACAUCUAGCCCAAAAUAUCAUCCUCUAAAGUGAUAAUGACCAUCACUAUGAAUUGGAUGGCACUUAUGCUACCAAUUAAAGUUUGUACAUUUUAAUGGUUUGUCUUAGAAACUAGGGAUCUUUAACUAAUUGUAGGGAGGGAGGGAGGGAGAGAGAGUGAGAAAUUGAAGUGGGCUCAAUCAGCCUUUUAGCUUUUGGCUUGGGAUGGAGACUUUGAGUUAAUUCUUCUACUAUAGUUAGUCUAAUUUGGCCCCAGAGAUUAUCACAUGGGGUGCUGCUGAAAUUCUCCAAAUUGGUGGGGAAUUUUGUAUGAAUUGCAUAUCUAUGCUUUUCACAUAGGGAUCUUAUAUAUAGAUUAGAGUAUCUUGGUAGAUUAUGCUGUUGCAGACCAGCAAUCAUCAUCAUCAUCUGGAAGAUAUUGGCUUUA